AUGGCCCCAAGUCGCUCUGCCAAUUAUGGCCGGGCCCUUCCAAGGCGGCAAUUUAUUGGAGUUUUCUCCAUUAUUUUACUUCUCUUCCUCGGCGUGGUGUUUUUCACCCCACACGCUGCACCUGGGAAGACUGGGUUUCAAUUCGAGGACACAACUGCCAAGAUCAAACAUAGAGCCUCUGCAGAAGGCGACUUGUUUCUAAUUGGAGUUGGAAAGGCUGAUAUCACCGGUCCAGUGGUCGAGAUAGGCUUCGCUGGGUAUGCAGACCUUGAUCAAACAGGCACAGGACUUCGGCAGCGUAUUUAUAGUCGCGCAUUCAUUGUUGCGGAUGUAGAGAACCCGAAAGAUCGGUUUGUAUAUCUGGUAUUGGAUACUGCCUCCGGCGACACCGCGGUAAGAUAUGGUAUCAUGGAUGGCCUCGCGGCUCUUGGCAGCGACUAUUCAGUCUACACCCAACACAACGUCGCAGUCACGGGGACGCAUUCUCAUGCCGGACCAGGAGGCUGGUAUAACUACCUACUCCCUCAGAUAACGACACUUGGUUUCAGCAAAGAGACGUAUCAGGCUAUCGUUGACGGUGCUGUGCUCUCUAUCAAACGCGCCCAUGAAAGUCUCCAAGAGGGCUACCUCGGUGUUAGCACAGCAGAGGUGGAGGAUGCAGCGAUAAACAGAUCUCUGUGGUCAUAUCUGAACAACCCGGCAGCAGAGCGCGCGAAGUAUAGCGCGUCAGUAGACACAACUCUCACUCUCCUCCGAUUCCAGCGAGCAUCGGACAACAAGAACAUCGGUGUGUUGACAUGGUUGCCCGUCCACGGCACUUCACUCCUCGGCAACAACACACAUGUCGCAGGAGAUAACAAAGGAGUCGCGGCGUGGAUGUUCGAACGCGAGAUGGAGAGUGAAGACUCGGCCGCCGAUGGCUUUGUGGCUGGAUUUAGUCAGGCAAAUGUCGGCGAUACGACACCAAACACACUGGGUGCAUACUGUGACGACGGCUCGGGCAGCCAGUGCAGCCUCGAGAACAGCACAUGCGCAGACGGAUUGUCACAAUCUUGCCACGGUCGAGGGCCUGAGUUUAGGAAGCUCGACCUCGGAGUGUCCAGUUGCUACGAAAUUGGACGCCGACAAUACGUUGGUGCCAAGGAAGCUUACGACACAUCCUCCACCGCAGUUGUUGGGUCAACCGUGAAAAGCUUUCAUUUCUACCAUGAUAUGAGCUUCUGGGAAUUCAAGCUCCCCGACGGAAGCACUGGCAAAACCUGCCCUGCUGCGCUAGGUUAUUCUUUCGCUGCCGGCACAUCUGACUGGCCUGGGUUCUUCGACUUCACUCAAGCCGACUCUGGCGAUCCGGAUGCGAAUCCCGUGUGGGCAGCCGUGUCGGGCCUGCUUAGGACGCCGACUGCAGAGCAAAAGGCAUGCCAGGGAUCCAAGCCCAUUCUUCUUGACGUGGGAGAAAUGUCGGAACCUUACCCCUGGUCACCUAACAUUGUCGACAUUCAGGUGCUCCGUGCUGGUCAACUAGUCCUUAUUAUAAGCCCGAGUGAAGCCACGACCAUGAGCGGCCGCAGGUGGAGAGACGCAGUUGGCAAGGAGGCAGCUACUUUUCUCGACGUGGAUCCCAUCGUGGUUCUGGGCGGCCCUGCCAAUACAUACGCGCACUAUGUUGCUACGCCCGAAGAGUAUGAGAUCCAACGUUACGAGGGAGCCUCGACUCUGUACGGCCCACACGAGCUGCACGCAUAUAUCAAUCUCACAGUCUCAAACCUGGGCUAUCUCGCGCCAGACUCAAACAAGGUACCUGAUCAGGGACCCUUGGCCCCUGACAAUCGCGGCGAUUCACUUUCGUUCAUCACAGGGGUUGUAUAUGACGCCGCGCCGAUCGGCUCCGCCUUCGGCAAGGUACUGGACCAACCCGACUCAGGGAGCCUAGGGGCCGUUGUCAAGGUGACAUUCCAGGGAGCAAACCCCCGUAACAAUCUGCGAUUGGAGGGCACUUUUGCUGCCAUCGAGCAGAAGAUCAACGGGGUGUGGACACGGGUGCGAGACGAUGCAGACUGGUUCCUGGUGUAUUCGUGGCGUCGCACAAACUGGGUCCUUGGUCACAGCGAGGUGGAUAUUACGUGGGAGACGAGCGGCAACGCCGAAAAGGGCACGUAUAGGGUCAAGUAUUACGGAGAUUCGAAGCCCCUUAUAGGAUCUAUAUCGGCGUUUACGGGGACAAGUCAGGAGUUCGUGUUGAGUUGAAGGAGCGGUCUUACUAAAAUGAUCGACGGGAGGAGCAGCAAAUUCUCCUUUAGCUUGGGGGGCCUGGUGGAGAGCCGCUUCAGGGCCUCGCCAGAAGGACAGAAGGAUUUUUAGC